AUGAUUAAAAAGCUUAGAUCAAUGGCCAUUGAUGGUGCUCAACUCAAUUCAGAUCCCACAGGCUUUGAAUUGAUCUCUGCACUGAUAUGGAUAGGUAGGACCAAAGCAUUAGUUAUUAAACCGGACCAAACAACCAAACUUCUCACUACUACAGACGGUAGGCAGAAGUUCCGGCCACCACUGCCGAAAGGGUAUUUUGGCAAUGGCAUUGCUUGGUCAUGUGCUCAAUGCAGUGCUGGAGAUUUGAUGACAAAGCCCUUCUCAUUUGCUGUCAAGAUAGUUCAUGAGGCCAUCAAAGCAAAGACAGGAGGAUUAUGGCCAUCUUCAGAAAGCCGACAACCGGUGGUGUCCCAACUGUUCUGGCAGAGCCACCAAAACCUCGCCCAAAGUGGUUUGUGA